UACGCACACGUACUACGUAUACACUGGAUUUACCCGUAAAUUUCCAUAUCAUUUCAUUCACGAAUACAAACACUAGCGAGUGAGGUUGUAAUUGUACGACAAAAUUGGGACACAAAUUUGCAGUAAAGUGCUUUACUCGACUUAUCUAUUUUCAUAUCUGUUGAAUGAAUCAGGAUGCUAGCAUUACGAAAAUGGUUUUAUAAACCCAAGAAAAAUGACUGUCAGCUACUAGCCCAGUUUUACUUCGCUGAUGAAGAACUGAACGGUGUAUCUCAUGAGCUAGACAGCUUUGAUGGGCGGCAGGAUCCGGACCGAUGCACCGUGCUCGUCAAUCAGCUCAGGAUAUGCCAGGAUAAAGUUCUCGGUAUCAUUGAACAGUUGAUGACUGAGGCCGUCUCUGAGAGCAGAGCCAGCCGUGACUUCAGGGCUAAGUUUCCUGACGAUGUGCUUCAGGACAGUCUGGCAGGCCAGCUUUGGUUUGGUGCAGAAUGCUUGGCCGCAGGAUCUACCAUCAUGAACAGGGAGAUUGAGAGUGCAGCCCUACGGCCCCUGGCCCGUUGCUUGACCAGGAGUCUGGACUGCUUGCGGGCGGUGCUCAGAGACCAGAGCUACAAGAACCUCAACUCUUACCCACAAAAAGUGAAAGAGGCUUUGAAGAAGUUUGACCAUGUCUUUGCUGAGUUUGAGCUGAGCUACGUGAGUGCCAUGGUGCCUGUGAAGUCUUCGCAGGAAUACGACACCAUGCAAGACGUCAUCGUUCUGUUCUGCGAGACCAUCAACAGAGCUAUGAAUAGGAAUUUAUUUACCCAAGAUCAGAUUGAUGAUUACGAUCCUGGAUUGAUGUUCACGAUACCAAGGCUCGCCAUCGUCAGUGGGUUGGUGACAUUUUCCGAUGGUCCCCUCAACAUGGCCAAGCCUGCCUCACAGAUCUCUGAACUUUUUAGACCCUUCCAGAAUCUCCUCAUCAAAAUCAGUGAGCUGCUGCAGACGCUCUCAGAGGAGGAGCUCCACCUCCUGGAGAGGGCGCUGUGUAGCUCCAAGGAAUCAUGGGAAGACAUCGAGCGAGAACUGGACCAGCUUUCAUUCCGUGACCGACACUCGCAGAGUAGAGAUGGUCAUUACCAUGACGAGGCGGCUUGUAGACUAUCACCUUGUAGUAGCUGUGUGACGGACUGUGAUACUAUGUGUAGUAGCAUGCUUUCUCUUACACCAGAGGACAGUAGGAUGAUGAGCGUGCGAAGGAAAGCCAGCGAUUCCAGCCAUCGUUGUUCGGUGGAUGACGCCAUAGACAUUCCAGGUGCAGUGAAUACGGAGAGCUCGGGAGAGUUCCGGGCUGUCCGCAUCAGAAAGUGUUCGCGAAAUUCACUGGGAGUGAUGUCACCCAAGAUGAGCCCCGAUUCUUUGGAUGGUUUUGCUGGUGGCGAGACUUGCAAGUGCAUCAAGCGGAGAAGGAAUUCAAGUCAGCCAAGUGAUGCUGGGUUAGAGGACAGUGGGCAGUUUCAUGAUGGCUGCCUUUCAUCUCGUAGCGUCGACUCGUCUCCAAGACUGACGAAAAGAACUUCAAGAAAUUGUGGAAUUUCCCCCCGCGAAAGAGCUGCAUCAGACAAUUCCUCUUUCUCUCCUAGUAGGAGAGAAGGAUUUUCUGAGAACAACCCGAGAGUGUUGAAGCGAAAUGACAGUGGACUGGGCUCAGCACCCAACGGAGAUUUAAUGGAGUUGUACCUUCAAGAGCUUCAGACAUCAUACCCUUUGAGUGACAUUGCUUCACCUUCAGCUAGUCCCAGUCAUGGAUCAAUUGCCAAUUCCAAAGAAGAACUCAGUGAGAGCAAUGAGAAUAACAUGGUCAUCGUCGAGAUGCAGCACAGCGAACUCAUCGUUCUCACCUCCAAAGAGAACAACCCCCUUAAAAGUGCCCAUCAAAGCAAUUCUUCCAGGAUAGCCAUGGACUUCAACACCAGCUUCCCCAUGUUUGGAAAGGGUAAACCCAGCACUGAACUCAACACCACAGGCACCGUUGGCAACUCCACCCAAAGAAUACCUGGUGAGCCAAUGGUACCGACACCCCAGAUGCCUGCAGUCAUGAGUCGUCACAGCGACUCGAGCAUAUCUGUGGACCCCUCAGCACAGACCACCGCUGACCCUAGCAUCCAGACGCACGUCACGGUCAGACCUUCUCGUAGUGAGCCGUCCUUCAGACUGCCACUCUUCGGAGGGUCGCAUCCCCAGACGCCCCACUCUCAUUCAGGAGAUACCCUACCAAGCGCACUGAACCGCGUGACGGGCAGCAGGGGGAUAGUCCGCCCUCAGGUGAUGUCUGGAUCUGAUGGAGAGGAGUCCAGUGAUCUGUCCUCUUCACCUUCCUCCUCCUCCUCAUGCUGUUCAUCGUGUUGUUCCUCUGGACAUGGGUUUGAUGACGGAGACAGGGAUACGGAUUACAAAUGGGAAUCAGAUGACAGUAGUGACACAAACUCGCUGAUAUCUGAGAACAAUGACGAGCAGGAGAUCAAAAUGGCCAUUCAGGCCGCAGAGCUGGCUGCCAGGCAAAAGGUCAGGUCACAGUUCAGGAGUUCAAGUGACCUUGUCCAUAGACUCUUUGUCUGCAUUGCAGGUGUUGCUGAUCAGCUGCAGACCAACUUUGCCAGUGAUCUUCGCAGCAUCCUCAAGACCGUCUUUGAGGUGACCUCCUGCAACCCCAUGGCUGCGGACGACUCUGUCUUCACCUCUCCGACCCCGUCAACCUCGACGUCAAACCCUGACCCUGAACAGUGCGCUGCUCCCCCUUCCACGGCAAGCAACUCGGUGGCAUCUGUGAGGCCGGACAGAGGUGGGAGUAGCAGCGGAAGCCAUCGAUCAGGCAGGGCAGCAGAGGGCAGCAGACAGGGCGCAGGAUCAGAGGGACGCGAGAGGCACAGGCAUAGGAGUAACUCUUCACACAGGAGUAGGAGGUCUAAUUAUGAUGACCCACCUCUAUGGAUGCCUGAUGAGACCAGUGAUGAAUGCCUGGCCUGCAGAUCCUCCUUCACCGUGCUUCGUAGGAAACAUCACUGCAGGAAUUGUGGCCAGAUAUUCUGUGCUAGAUGUUCGGCCAACUCUGUACCCCUACCCCGCUACGGACAGACAAAGCCAGUCAGAGUGUGUAAUAGAUGCUACAUGUACCAUGUGACUCCAUUUCAACACUGACCAUAGUCAGCGAAUGACGUGCUACAUGGGCAUCCAUUUCAACACUGCCUGUAGUUGGCUCAAGCUAGUCAGAGUUCAGCUCAUGCUACCGCGAUUCCAUAUCAACACUGACCAUAGUCCACUAAAGUUAGAGGAUGUCCGAUGCAUGAUAUGGCUACAUUCCAACACUGACCAUUGCUGACUGAAAUCAGAGUUUGUAAGCAUUGCUACUUGUGACUCUAUGUCAACACUGACCAUAGUCAGCUGAGGUUAGUCAUCGUAGCUGAUGCUGAAUGCGACUCUAUUUCGACAAGUUGAUUGAAGUUAGUCAAGAAACUGCAACUGUUGCUAUGUAUGAUUCCAUGUCUUCACUGACCAUAGUCAAUAAUAGCUAGUCAGAGUUGUAAUCGACCUCUUUGUCACUCACGACCAACUGCUGCCAGACAAUAUUUGGAAACCAUUCCUAUAGACAUGCUCUUGACAGCACAACGUUGCAGAAUGCUCAUUACAACUAUCUGGUGUAGAACAAGUGCAAGAUGCGCUAAGCUUGUGACUUCAAAAACUGGAAGAAAGUAACGGUCUCACCAACAUGCUGAAGCCAGUGGUCCUCUCAGAAGACACUAAGGAUAUCAGCACACGUCGUCUUCGCGAUUGACUGGAACCGUCUUCUUCAGUUACUCCUCCAGUCUUGUAUGCUGAUGUGACAGGCACAUUCUGACCACUGCAGGACUCUCUUGGUGUAUCUUGAUUUGAAGUUAUUGAAAAUUGAUUUUGAUUUUGAUAACUGGAAAGAAAGUUUCUACGCUCCAUGAUGGUCCCCAGUGGUUUGAAUCAUUCCUAGCAGAGAUUUGAUUGAGAGAGGAAUCCCUGAAAGACGCUUGCAAUAUCAUGCCAAACUUGAUAUAUGUCUCUCUGCUGCUAAUUGAUCCAAUGCUACCAAUUAGACAAACUCAUAAACCAUGUGUACAUCAUCCAUAUAUUGAAGUGCAAUGUAUUUUACUUAUUUGUACAAAAUAUAUAUAUAUAUAUAUAUAUAUAUUUGACAAUUUAUCUAUGUAUGGUGAAAAUACCAAACUAAGAAAGAAAAAAAGGCAUUUGAGGCUGACUUUUAUUGAAACUUAGGUUCUUGUGAUUGUAAUGUGCAGUAUGUCCUGUCAUAUUUUCUAGAAGGGGGAGGGGGGGGGGGGGAGGAGGUGGUGGCAGCCUUUCACUCAUAUAGCAGUGGUCAUAUAAAAGUGCAUAUUUUUAUCAUGUAAUUAACAUUCUGAGCCUACAUUCUGCAACUUCUGUCUCAUCUGUAAGAUAUUUUCCCCAUUUGUACUCCCAUAAGUGUUUUUGAUGUGGUCGAUUGACCGCUUCAAAGCUCUGAGCCAAAUAUGUCAAAAAGAGCAUUAAAGGGACAGAAACACGUCAACAUUUUGUUUCGCUUUAGUAGGUUGUAGCUUGAAUGGUCAAAUAAGAUUGUUUAGAGAAAGAGCCUUCACUACUGUAUGACUAUGGGACCAAAGACAUUAGAUCCAAACAUUUGUGUGUUUCUCUCUUGGCCUAAAGGUAGUAUUUAAUGUAACAUUGUAGUUUGUGCAUUGUAUACCUAUGCUACUGCCUUGUGGAAUCUGCUUUUUCAUGAAUAUCAUUUUGAUAUUGAUCCAGCGUGCAAGUAGUAAGAGAGUUAUUCAACUAAACUGUCAUUGUAGAAGAAAAGGUAGAAACUUUCUUUGAAAAUAAAAGUGGGCAUAGUAAAAUAACAUUGAUUUUCAUAAUUUUCAUAUCUUACGUUUUUUUUAAUAGUCAUGCUUAACACCGUCUGUAAAACAAUAAUUAUGAAGUUGAAAAAAUUCAAGAGUGAAAUUAGAUACACGAGAAUAUUUCUUUUGCUUUGAGCAACAAUUUAUUUGGCAACAAAUGUGGAAGAAAAUAAUCAGUUUCCGUAUUAUCUGUGAGGGCUGGUUGAAAAAAGGUGUUGUUUUCCAACUCUACCAAUUCUACCAAUUCAAAUUUAAUAACAGAGAGCUCUUGAAUUGCCACAAUUGCAUAAUUAUAUUAUUGUUUUGAAUUUUUGUUUAAAUCUCAUUUUCUGGCUCUAACUACUUUAUGUGAAUGUAUAUAUUGUCUUGCAUUGUAUUUUAUGUGCUCCCUUUCAUACGUGUACAAUAUACCUUGCUUUUAAUGCAUAUAGCAGAAACACUUAUUUCCGUCAUUAUGUGUGCUACACACUACAUAGCUGAAAAUGCUUUUUUUUCUCCUCAUAUUUCCCUUGGUUUAGUGCUACUUGUUUUUUUUACUUAUAGAUGUAUGUGCUUUCUGAUACCAUAAUUAAUUUCCAGCUUGUUAGUUUUAAUUUAUUCAUGUGAACUUCUUUUGCCCACAAUUUGCUGAAGAGUUACAUUGUUGAGUUAUUUGAAAUGCAUUUUUUUGUUUAUACCUAGUUGCAUAGUGCUAGACUAAGAAAUAGUUCAUCACAAUGUAGUCCAAAUAGCUAGCUGAAUUAAUGUUUUUUUGUAUCUACACCACACCUUGUAUGUAUUCAGAUGUUUUGUUUGAUCUCCUUGUUUGUUUGUUUGUUUGAUUGUUUGUUUGUUUGAGAUAUUUACCCGAUUGCUACCCCAUUCGGCUGAAGUUAUCGGUUUAUUUUUUUUCUUGUGUGCCUGUAAGGAUUUGUGAGGAAGAAUAUCAAAUUUUGAAGAGAGGGAAAAGUUUGCCAGAGGAAUGAUAUUCAGGAUAGUUGGAGAACCCUUUUUUUUCUCAAGUUAAAUGUAUUCAAUCAAUUUUGCAAUUCUUGUUUGAAAAUCAAAAGGAAAAGGGACAUGGACAAAAUUGCAAGUUUUUCUACAUUUUAAAUUCUUGCUUUCUGACACUUCUUUGGUUCGUACUUUUACUGCCAUGUAAAUGAAAAAGGUUUUUGUGGGUUCGUUUCUGUAGAAUUUAUAAUUUGUUUUAAUGUUAAUAAAUAAGGAAAUUAAUUAAGUGUAUAAAUUUUGUAUUGCUUUGUCUUCCUGACGUCUUGGCCAUAUUUUUUUGAGAAUAUACUUCAUUUGUCGCCGUAAUGUUUAUUAAAAUAUUCAAUUGAUUUAUUGAUGAAGGUUGUGGUCAUGUUGCUGGCAACAGAUUAUGCAACAAAGAACAAAUUCUGUAAUUUUUCAAUAUACUUUUAUCUGUUAUGAUCAUGUGCAAAACUACCAUGUUGAUUCUUAAUUGGAUUAAACUGGGCAGUUUUAAACCGAUAUAAACUUAUUCCUCACUGUCAUAAUUGAUAAAUUGGAUUAAUUGGGAAAUGUGCGUUUCUUUUGAAUGUACAAAAUAUCUCAAAGAUUAUUCUGCUUUUAAUAUGAUAACUCUUCUUUUCAUUUAUGAUUUUGAGUGUCUUAUAACAUGCUAGGCUGAUCACUUGGUAUUUUCACUCUGUAUUUGGAAGUUCCUUUGACAAAUCGAGGAUAACAAACUGCUAUUUUUGGCUUGCUAUCCAUGUCUUUUGCAUGUCUUCUGCUUCAAUCUUUGUACAGUAUUAUGUUGCAAUAAACUAAUAAUGAUCAAAGAAAAAUAACUAA